AGGUUCCCCGCAGGCGCGCCCCGCGUCCAGGCCGCUUCCGUGCCGGGGGCGCCGGGCAGCCCGGGCGGAGCGAGGCUCUCUGCAAACUUUAUUCUGAAAGCUCUGCGCCCUGGCUCGGGGCCCUGAGGCCUCCGGUGAGGUGGUGUGGGGAAAUUUUGGAGAAACUCACAAGCCCGUGGGGGGCUGGCAGCGGGCAACUUUCUCAGAAGUCCCACCUUCUCCCCUCCCUUGAAUUCGUCGUCCAGGCCUCCUCAGCACAAAGUGCUCUAGUCCACCUCCCCGCUGAGUCCUGCCCAAGGUUCAUUUGAGCUAGUCCCUCUCCUCCCCCAUUUUCUCUUUUCCCAGAAGCAGGAAGAGAUAACACAUGAAAGUUGUCCCUGAGCCUGGAGUGAUGUGCUUCCCCUUUCUAUUUUUCAGGCAGCGCUGCCUUCCCCACCAUCCUGACCCCCGGAGGAGAACUUUCUGGGGGAGACUCCACCCUGCUCUGCCCCACUGCACACCCACCUGCUCACCUCAUGCCCGGGUCCCGGGUGGGUGAGGGUGAAGAAGCCACCCAGCCAAGAUGAUCCCUUCCUUGAGGGCUGCUGCUGCUGCUGUCCUCCCCCAGAUCCUGGGCCCCAGCAGGUGGGAAAGUGGCCCUGGAAGCCCUGUCAGACUGCUGCAGAGGAGGUGAAGAGGCAUCCAUUCUGGAGACGGGAGCUCCUUGCCUUCCACUCUUGUAGAUUCUUGACUGUUUUAGGAGAGAAGGACCUGUUGGUAGCCUUUGCAGGCAACAGGAAACUGCUGGCAACUGGAUUGUGGUUCUGCACAGGACCUAUGCUCUCCCCUCUGGCAGUGUCAGCAUCAUGAGCCAGUUUCAGGUGCCCCUGGCCGUCCAACCGGACCUGCCAGGUCUUUAUGACUUCCCUCAGGGCCAGGUGGUGGUAGGGGGCUUCCAGGCACCUGGGCUUCCUGUAACUGGGAGUGAGGCCCAGCUGAGAGGGAAUGGAGAUGGGCGGAAGAAACGCAAACGGUGUGGUACUUGUGAGCCCUGCCAGAGGCUAGAAAACUGUGGGGCUUGCACCAGCUGUACCAACCGCCGCACACACCAGAUCUGCAAACUACGCAAGUGUGAGGUGCUGAAGAAAAAAGUGGGGCUUCUCAAGGAGGUGGAAAUAAAGGCUGGUGAAGGAGCUGGGCCGUGGACGCAAGGGGCGGCUGUCAAGACAGGCUCAGAGCUCAGCCCAGUUGAUGGACCUGUUCCAGGUCAGAUGGACUCAGGGCCAGUGUACCAUGGGGACUCACGGCAGCUAAGCACUUCAGGGGCGCCGGUCAAUGGUGCUAGAGAGCCCGCUGGACCCAGUCUGCUGGGGGCUGCAGGUCCUUGGCGGGUAGACCAGAAGCCCGACUGGAACGCUGCCCCAGGCCCAGCUCACACUGCUCGCCUGGAAGAUGCUCACGAUCUGGUGGCCUUUUCGGCUGUGGCCGAAGCUGUGUCCUCUUAUGGGGCCCUUAGCACCCGGCUCUAUGAAACCUUCAACCGUGAGAUGAGUCGUGAGGCUGGGAAUAACAGCAGGGGCCCCCGGCCAGGGCCUGAGAGCUACUCUGUUGGCAGUGAAGACCUUGACACGCUGCAGACGGCCCUGGCCCUUGCACGGCAUGGAAUGAAACCACCCAACUGCAACUGCGAUGGCCCAGAAUGCCCUGACUACCUCGAGUGGCUGGAGGGGAAGAUCAAGUCUGUGGUCAUGGAAGGAGGGCAGGAGCGGCCCAGGGUCCCAGGGACUCUGCCCCCUGGUGAGGCUGGCCUCCCGGCACCAAGUACCAGGCCACUUCUUAGCUCUGAGGUCCCCCAGAUACCUCCCCUGGAGGGCCUGCCCCUGUCCCAGAGUGCCCUGAGCAUCGCCAAGGAAAAGAACAUCAGUCUGCAGACCGCUAUUGCCAUUGAGGCCCUCACACAGCUCUCCUCCACUCUGCCCCAGCCUUCUCAUUCCACCUCCCAGGCUUCAUGCCCCCUCCCUGAGGCCUUGUCCCCUCCUGCCCCUUUUAGGUCUCCCCAGUCCUACCUCCGGGCCCCUUCAUGGCCUGUGGUUCCUUCUGAGGAGCACCCAUCUUUUCCUCCUGAUAGCCCCACCUUCCCUCCAGCACCUCCUAGAACUGAGUUUCCUGAAGCCUGGGGCACUGACACCCCACCAGUGACACCCCGGAACUCCUGGCCGGUGCCCCGCCCAAGCCCCGACCCCAUGGCUGAACUGGAGCAGUUGUUGGGCAGUGCCAGUGAUUACAUCCAGUCAGUAUUCAAGAGGCCUGAGGCCCUGCCCACCAAGCCCAAGAUUAAGGUUGAGGCACCCUCUUCUUCCCCAGCCCCAUCCUCAUCUCCCAUUCUCCAGAGGGAGGCUCCUACAUCAUCCUCAGAGCUCGACACCCACCAGAAGGCCCAGACGGCCCUACAGCAGCACCUCCACCAUAAGCGUAGUCUCUUCCUAGAACAGGCCCAUGACACCUCCUGUCCUCCUGUGGAGCCUCCUGCCCCUGGGUGGUGGGCCCCACCAAGCUCACCUGCUCCACGGCCUCCAGAUAGACCACCCAAGGAGAAGAAGAAGAAGUUCCCCACACCAGCUGGAGGUCUUGUGGGAACAGACAAAGCUGCCCCUGGGAUUAAGCCCAGUGUCCGAAAGCCCAUUCAGAUCAAGAAGUCCAGGUCACGAGAACCUCAACCCCUCUUCUUGCCUGUCCGACAGAUCAUCCUGGAAGGGCUGAGGCCCCCAGCCUCUGAGGAAGUGCAGGCAUAUGCACCUGCCCCCCUCCCUGCCCCCCUCCCUGCCCCCCUCCCUGCCUCACAGGGCUCUGCUAUCCCCUUGCCCACAGAACCUUCUCUUGCGCUAUUUGCACCUAGUCCCUCCGGGGACAGCCUGCUGCCCCCUACUCAGGAAAUGAGGUCCCUCAGCCCUAUGGCCAACCUGCAGCCAGGCUCCUCCGGCCCCCUUCCCCCUGCUGAUGACAAGCUGGAAGAGCUCAUCCGGCAGUUUGAGGCUGAAUUUGGGGAUAGUUUUGGGCUUCCUGGCCCCCCUUCUGUGCCCAUUCAGGACCCUGAGAACCAGUCAACGUGUCUCCCAGCCCCUGAGAGCCCUUUUGCUACCCAUUCCCCCAAGCAAAUCAAGAUCGAGUCUUCAGGAGCUGUGACUGUGCUCUCAACCACCUGCUUCCAUUCAGAAGAAGGAGGCCAGGAGGCCACACCCACCAAGGCUGAGAAUCCACUUACACCCACCCUCAGUGGCUUCUUGGAGUCACCUCUUAAGUACCUGGACACACCCACCAAGAGCCUGCUGGACACACCUGCCAAGAGGGCCCAGGCCGAGUUCCCCACUUGUGAUUGUGUAGAGCAAAUAGUGGAGAAAGAUGAAGGUCCAUAUUAUACUCAUCUGGGAUCUGGCCCCACAGUGGCUUCUAUCCGGGAACUCAUGGAGGAGCGGUAUGGAGAGAAGGGGAAAGCCAUCCGGAUUGAGAAGGUCAUCUACACCGGGAAGGAGGGGAAGAGCUCCCGAGGGUGCCCCAUUGCAAAGUGGGUAAUUCGCCGGCACACGCUGGAGGAGAAGCUGCUCUGCCUGGUGCGGCACCGGGCGGGCCACCACUGCCAGAACGCUGUGAUUGUCAUCCUCAUCCUGGCCUGGGAGGGCAUCCCCCGAAGCCUAGGAGACACCCUCUACCAGGAGCUCACUGAUACCCUCCGGAAGUAUGGGAACCCCACCAGCCGGAGAUGCGGCCUCAAUGAUGACCGGACCUGUGCUUGCCAAGGCAAAGACCCUAACACCUGUGGUGCCUCCUUCUCCUUUGGCUGUUCCUGGAGCAUGUACUUCAAUGGCUGCAAAUACGCUCGGAGCAAGACACCUCGCAAGUUCCGCCUCUCAGGGGACAACCCCAAGGAGGAAGAAGUACUCCGGAAGAGUUUCCAGGACUUGGCCACUGAAGUUGCUCCCUUGUACAAGCAGCUGGCCCCUCAGGCUUAUCAGAACCAGGUGACCAAUGAGGAGAUAGCAAUCGACUGCCGCCUGGGGCUGAAGGAAGGAAGGCCCUUCUCGGGGGUCACGGCCUGCAUGGACUUCUGCGCCCACGCCCACAAGGACCAGCAUAACCUCUAUAAUGGGUGCACUGUGGUGUGCACCCUGACCAAGGAAGACAAUCGCUGUGUGGGCCAGAUUCCCGAGGAUGAGCAGCUGCAUGUGCUUCCCCUGUACAAGAUGGCUAGCACAGAUGAGUUUGGCAGUGAGGAGAACCAGAACGCCAAGGUGAGCAGUGGGGCCAUCCAGGUGCUCACUGCCUUCCCUCGAGAGGUUCGGCGCCUGCCUGAACCUGCCAAGUCCUGCCGCCAGCGGCAGCUGGAAGCCAGGAGGGCAGCAGCUGAGAAGAAGAAGAUGAUUCAGAAGGAGAAGCUGAGUACCCCCGAGAAGAUCAAGCAGGAGGCCCUGGAGCUGGCUGGAAUCCCCACCGACCCAGCCCUGUCUCUGAAAGGUGGAUUGUCCCAACAAAGCCUGAAGCCCUCCCUCAAGGUGGAACCGCAGAACCAUUUCAGCUCCUUCAAGUAUAACAGCAACGCAGUGGUGGAGAGCUAUUCGGUGCUGGGCAAUUGCCGGCCCUCCGACCCCUACAGCAUGAACAGUGUGUACUCCUACCACUCCUACUAUGCACAGCCCAGCCUGACCUCUGUCAACGGGUUCCACUCCAAGUAUGCUCUUCCAUCGUUUGGCUACUACGGCUUUCCAUCCAGCAACCCCGUCUUCCCCUCCCAGUUCCUGGGUCCUGGCACCUGGGGCCACAGUGGCAGCAGUGGGAGUUUUGAGAAGAAGCCAGACCUCCAUGCUCUGCACAACAGCCUGAGCCCGGCGUACGGUGGUGCUGAGUUUGCCGAGCUGCCUGGCCAAGCUGUUCCCACAGAUACCCACCACCCUACUCCUCACCACCAGCAGCCUGCUUACCCAGGCCCCAAGGAGUAUCUGAUUCCCAAGGCCCCCCAGCUCCACCCAGUGUCCAGGGACCCCUCUCCUUUUACUCAGAGCACCAACUGCUACAGUAGAUCCAUCAAGCAAGAGCCAGUAGACCCACUGGUCCAGACCGAAUCUGUACCCAGAGACCCUGGUAAGAUGGGCAAAACACCUUUGCCUGAAGCAUCUCAGAAUGGGGGACCCAAUCAUCUAUGGGGACAGUACUCAGGAGGCCCAAGCAUGUCCCCAAAGAGGACUAACAGUGUAGGUGGAAGCUGGGGUGUGUUCCCUCCUGGGGAGAGCCCUGCCAUUGUCCCUGACAAGCUCAGUUCUUAUGGGGCCAGCUGCCUAACCCCUUCUCACUUCCCAGAUGGCCAGUGGGGCCUGUUCGCUGGUGAGGGUCAGCAGCCUGCUCCCCAUCCUGGAGGACGGCUGCGAGGCAAAUCAUGGAGCCCUUGCAAGUUUGGGAACAGCACCUCAGCCUUGGCUGGGUCCAGCCUGACUGAGAAGCCCUGGGGGGUCGGGGCUGGAGAUUUCAGCUCUGCCCUGAAAGGCAGUUCUGGAUACCAAGACAAGUUGUGGAACCCCAUGAAAGGAGAGGAAGGAAGAAUUCCCACCCCAGGGGCAAGCCAUCUGGACAAGGCCUGGCAGGCCUUUGGCAUGCCCCUGGGCUCCAGUGAGAAGCUCUUCGGGGCCCUGAAGUCUGAAGAGAAGCUAUGGGAUCCCUUCAGCCUGGAGGAAGGGACAGCUGAGGAGGCCCCCACCAAGGGGACAGUGAAGGAAGAGAAGGCCAGUGUGGAGGAGGAGGAGGAAGAACUGUGGUCAGACAGCGAACACAAUUUCCUGGACGAGAACAUCGGUGGCGUGGCUGUGGCCCCUGCCCAUGGCUCUAUCCUCAUUGAGUGUGCCCGGCGGGAGCUACACGCUACCACGCCACUCAAGAAGCCCAACCGCUGCCACCCCACCCGCAUCUCGCUGGUCUUCUACCAGCACAAGAACCUCAACCAGCCCAACCACGGGCUGGCUCUCUGGGAGGCCAAGAUGAAGCAGCUGGCAGAGCGGGCGCGGGCACGGCAGGAGGAGGCUGCACGGCUGGGUCUGGGUCAACAGGAGUCCAAGCUGUACGGGAAGAAGCGCAAGUGGGGGGGUGCCAUGGUCACUGAGCCCCAGCACAAAGAGAAGAAGGGGGCUGUCCCCACCCGGCAGGCACUGGCCGUGCCCACAGACUCAUCGGUCACCGUGUCCUCUUACGCCUACACAAAGGUCACUGGCCCCUAUAGCCGCUGGAUCUAGGUGCCAGGGAGCCAGCGUACCUCAGCGUCGGGCCCAGCCCACGCUGCCUCUGGUGCUUUUGCCCUCACGCCGGGGGGCGGGUUGGGGGUGCAGAAGUCCUUCCAUCUAUACAUACAUAUAUGGAUAUGCUUAUCAUAUAUAUGUAUUUAUGGUCCAAACCUCAGAACUGACCCGCCUCCCCCCCCC